GGCCCAGCAGAUACUCGAACUCAAACCCUCAAUCUCCUCCCCAAAUAAAACGCCGUCGUUCCAAAACCCUAGCCUCUCUUCUUCACAUCAACAGUAGCAAUGGGCAUCGAUCUCGUCGCCGGCGGCAAGAGCAAGAGGACCAAGCGAACGGCCCCCAAGUCCGAUGAUAUUUACCUCAAACUCCUCGUCAAGCUGUACCGAUUUUUGGUGCGGAGGACUGGGAGCAAAUUCAAUGCGGUGAUACUGAAGCGGCUCUUCAUGAGCAAGGUCAAUAAGCCGCCUUUGUCACUUUCCCGUUUGGUUCGUUACAUGGGCGGAAAGGAGGGUAAGAUUGCUGUGGUUGUUGGAACUGUUACCGAUGAUCUCCGAGUGUACGAAGUCCCUUGUCUGAAAGUGACUGCCCUGAGGUUCACAGAGAGAGCAAGGGCAAGGAUUGAGAAGGCUGGUGGUGAAUGCUUGACAUUUGAUCAGCUGGCUCUCAGAGCUCCUCUUGGGCAGAACACGGUUCUGCUCAGAGGUCCCAAGAAUGCUCGUGAAGCUGUGAAGCACUUUGGCAAGGCUCCUGGUGUGCCCCACAGCCACACCAAACCUUAUGUACGGUCAAAGGGACGGAAAUUUGAGAGGGCCAGAGGAAGAAGGAACAGCAGAGGUUUCAGGGUCUGACUUGUCAUACUCAUAUCUAUCAAUCUUUUGCAAAAACAUUUUUCCAUCAGUUAGCCAUGGUGGUUUUCCCCCUUCAUUUUCCAUUCCACCUUGCAGAACAUUUAUAUUAUCUGUAGCAGGAUAUCUUUUUUGCCCAUUUAUAAUAUGUUUUACCAUUAAUAUGGUUAUGAGGGACAGAUGUGUACUCCUGAAUAUUUAGUAGUGUCACCCAAAAUGUUUUGAGGGAUUGUUUUACUGAGAUGAUUCUUUUAUUCUAAAUCUGCCGGAUAUGAUGCUU